GCGUUGUUAAUGUGAAUUCUAGCAUAGAGGAACUUUAUUUGUUGAAAGGAACAUACAAAAUUAGUGGAAAAUAAAAUUAUCAAUACAGCAAGUAGCACGCUACUUAUAAAGGGAAAAUGGAACGUUAAAACUUGUUAUACAAUAUAUAUUACUGUUGAAAACUUGGGAAUUGAGGUUCGGUUUAAGAAUCUUUUUUGAACACCUUUCACUGAAGGCAAUGUUGGUGUAAAUUUUAAUACUGUUUCGGGUUGUGAUUUGUAAGUCUGGCAAGUAAUGUGCAGGAAGUGCACAUAAAUUUCGUGUGAUGUAAUUUUUCGUCUUUCACAAUCAUAAUCAAAUUUCUAAUGGGCGUUAUGCCACAGGUUACUACUCCAACACAAACAUGUGGGUUUUUGAUCCCUUUACGCAGUUAAAGCAGUGUGACGCUUGAAGUUGUUGGUGGAAUAAUUAUAAUACCAAUGCCCAUGGUCUGCGUUUUCACAUCACUAACCUAACCCGACCCAACUCAGCGUAAUCCGCGACAGGUUGCAACUACCUGAAGAUUUAAUAAUCACAGGAUGGCGCUAAAGAAAUUAAUGAAUUUUCAUUUAGACAUUAUGCCAUACGUCGCUACUCCAUGUUUAUAGAUUUUAAAUGUUUACGUCUAACGUAAUCCGUUAGCAAGUGAUAACCGACGACACGCUUUCGAUACUACAGAAUUGCUGGACCAACAUUAAUUAAAAAUGGUAUGGAUUUUGUGCCAUAUGUUGCUGCUCUAAGCAUAUGUCGUUACUGUAAGCAAGUAAUUUUAAGAUUUCAAAAUGCUGUAAUAGCAGCGUGAUCUUUGUUCAAAGCCGUGACGUGGAAUAACGAUGACGCCAGAGCGAAUAAUGGUUUGUGCGUGCACAUCUCUUACCUAACCCUAUGUAACCUAACCUUACCCAUUUAGUGAUAUUACACGGCACGCAUUUUAUAACUAUAAAAUGGCUGGACCGUAAUUUAUUAAAUUUGGCAUUGUUGUUAUGAUGUGUGUUGUCAUUCUAAACAAAUAGUUUUUAAAUUCGAAAACUUGAUAACACCAACAUAAUACGUGCUUGAAUUUGUGAGGUCGAAUAAUAAUGACCCCAUUGCGCAUGAUCGUCUGCACAUGUCUCUUACCAAACUCAGCCUAACCUAAUGUCUUCACAAGUUAUGUCCAUAUGUAUGAAUUUAAUUAAUAAAUUUUGGGUGGACAGUGGAUAGCAAUUCAUGGAAGCAGGAUUUGAGUUUUCUGCAGGAGUUUAAUAGAAUCCUGUACAUGUGUUAACUAUGGAGAAGGCAGUGGAUGUAUCAUCACCUCUUCAAGAAUAUGUUGCAAAUGCUGACCAUGACUCAGAUUCUGCAUCGUCAUCCCCAUAUGCCAGUCUCAGUGCCAAAAGUAGCAGUAGCUACAAGUCUGCAGAGAAUAUUGAAGUGAAAGCUGAUUUCUCCUCAUGUACAGACUCUGAUGGUCCUGAGUGGGAAUCUGGUGUACUUGGUACUCAGAAUACUGAAGAUGGCAGGCAAAAUAAGGAAAGAAGAGGACAUCUGAAUGCUAAUGGAACAUUGAUAUCAAGGGAUAUUCCACUGAGUCCACUGCCUCAGGAGAAGAAGAAGAAGAAGAAGAAGAAGAGGAAAAUGAAACACAUCUCAGAGUCAGGAAGUCAGAAAUAUGGUAGAAUAGAUACUCUGAAAGAGGAGAGUUCAGCAUCUCAAACAUCUUUAGCAAGUAGGAGAAAAUUAGCUCAGCAUGAGUGUAUGUUCUGUAAUAAAAGGUUCCGUGACCGAUAUCACCUAGUAAGACACUUAUCUGUGCAUUCCGGAGAAACGGCUCCAGACUGCAAAUUGUGCAAGAUGCCUCGUAACUGUUGUAGAUGUGUUCCCCAUUCUCCGCAGUACAGUCCAAUAAAGCAACACAGGUGUGAUAUUUGCAGUAAAAUGUUUAGAGAUAAGUAUCAUCUCAACAGGCAUUCCUUGGUCCACACAAAAGAGAAGCCACACCAGUGCAAAGUUUGUCAGAAACCUUUUAGUCGCAAGGACAAGCUCAUGCAGCACUCUUUGUUACAUGACUGAUACUAGGAGGUGUUAGGAGAGAGUGAAAUUCUGAUGCUGUUUGCUUGUUGGAACUUGUAAUAUUACCUUUAAAAAUUUACUGAGUAUAAUGUUUUGUGAAAAUCUUGUUCAGAAGUGAGGUAAUAUAUAAUGGUUUAUUUUCUAAUCACUUCAGACAGAUAUAGCAGAAACUGCCAUAUAACAGUGUUUUUACAGUUUUUAGCAAAUCCAGUAACAUAUGCUGAAGAGUAUAUUGUCCCUCUUGUGAGUUUAAUCUGGACUGAGUUACAGACAACCUACCCUAUAAUCUUGUAAAUCAUCCCCCAUAUUUAGCUAUCUUUGUUGUAAUUGCUCUUUGUGUGAGUCAGAACUCCUGAAAUGAGAGUAAUAUGGGAUGAUUGGCAAUGAUGAAGAUGGACACAAACAUCCUUGACCAGCAUAGGAUUUGGUCUUGAUGUUGCUCCAAAAGCUUUAAUGACUAGUUUACUAGUUUUAUUGGAAGUCUGUCCAAGACAGCACUAAAAAAGAUACAAGCAUUGUCUCUUAAUUGUACCACGGAUAAAAAUUGGCCAAAAGUGAAAUGAAUUUAAAGUGAAGGUCAAGAGAGAUUCUUCCACCCCCACACCCAAUGCUGUAAGGAAACUUUCCACAUUUAAGAUAUUUGGGGUUAUGUUAUAUGAUGCAUGCAGUAGAUAUCAGAUCUUUUUAAUUGGGUUAUAGUGGAUGGGAUGUGAAGCUGAUGACUCACUUCCAUCUAAUGCUGAGGUCCAGAAUGGGGAAGCUAUACAUCCACUUUCCCACACAUUUGCAUGACCUGAUAUUCAUCAAUAAGUACCAUAUGUCACUUUACCUUUUUUCCAUAUUGAUUGACAGUUGUGUGACUGAAAGCCAUGUUGGAACAGUGAUUGGUAAAACAUCAUUUUGGAGUUUAAGCAUUGUCUGUAUUAAUUAAAUAAUUUGAGUUUCUUAUAGAAAUAGUGCAAUUUGAGCAAGCCAGAGACUUCAUCAAGUGGAUUUUAUACCCCAUAGCUGAAUACUAUGUUCUCAGCAUUUGGAGACAUGUCCAUAAAAGAAACUGCAUCUUUGUUCUUUUUCAUUGAUGUGUUGCAUAUCUGGCAACAAAAUACUUGUAGUUGUAAUUGCCAUGUCUUUGAUAUAAAAAUAUUCAUGCUCUCUUGUGGUAUUAUAGUUAACACAGGUCUCAAAAUUCUUCAUAAAGGAAAUCUCUGUAAAACAGAUGUAGAUUUCAAAUCACUUAUUAUACCAUUUACUGGAUUCCAUAACAAAGUAAACAACCUAUCAGGUUUAGUAUGUUUCUUAUAGUAUACAGUUUAAAUUCUAUGCAGGUUUGCUUUGAUGAUCUUUGUUACCAAAUUAAUAUAUUACUUAACCAACCCAGCUGUCUUCUUAAGUCAACAGAUGAAGGUAGGAAGUUUCAGAAUUGUACAGUUUGAAUUCCAGUUACACCUUUGAUGUUUGUAUCCUCUUACAUAUAUUCUUUACCUUAUGUGGAUCUGAUUUCACAUAAUACUGUGUCAUGUUCUUGGAACUAGUAAUGCAAGAAAGUUAGCAAGGUGUCUUGGAGAUGAGUUCUGAGAUUCAGAAUGUGUGGAGGUAUUACCUCCAUUUCUCUGUAUUAAAUGCCUGCUUAAUUAAAUCCAGGACAUUUCCUUUUCUAUUUUGCCAUGUUAGUUCCUUCUUUAUACUUUAACAGUGACAUGUAAGGUCAUGCAUUGCAUAAGCAUGGUACUGUGUGAUGUAUUCAGAGAAGCUAUGAUUUGUCUAACAGUGUUCUGUACUGAGGCAUUGGAGGAAAGUACAGCUUGGUUAAUGUGUAAACUUUUCGUGCCAUAUCUAAACGAAUCACAAGGUGGGGGAAUUUGAUAUCGAAGACUUCCUGAAGUGAAAUCUAAUUGCAGAUGUGAAGGAAUAGAGGCGUUAACACGGAUAUUGCAUUGCACCUCCUCAGUCUUGAUGUCUUCAUCAAACUCAAAUUUCCAGCCGUUUAGGACUUUCUGGAGAGUCUAAAUACAUGGUGACAGGUCCAGGCUGUGUGGGGGAAGGUCCAACCCCUUACAGUACAUAUCCUAGAUAUUGUGGCCACAUUGGGAUUAGUGUUGUGCAAAACCAUAACUUCCAUCGUGAGCGUGUCAUGUAGGUCUUGGAGGGUUCCAUAAUAGUGCUGUGUAUGUCAGGGUCCUUGGAACAUUGGCAGCCAUCCUUCAGUGCUGGCUUUUAACCAUGUGACACUUCCCAUUUCCUCAUUAUGUACCAAUUCUGUUGGACAACUUGUGGUUGACUGCUAUUUUGUCAUGCCUACAGCCAUGUGGUUUAUCACCUGCUCUUGGCUGUAUUUGCUAGCAGCACCUCAGUUUUGUUUUAUUUGAACAAUAUUAAUAUUUUGUAUGGUUAUCACCUCAUCAAGUAAGGGUUAAAGUUUGUUUCUAUCUUACAGAUUUAAAAUAAUAAAUUAUUUAUAUAGUGAAUUUAGAUGUUUAUAUUGAUGUUAUGCAGGUUGUUAUAGAAUAGUCAACAAUGACUCAUACUGAUUCAGUUGGCUCAUGUUAUAUAACUAGUUAGUUUAUGAAUUUUGUUAUAUUUUGUGAUGGUUCUCAUACUGUGAUUCUUGUGCCUUCCAACACCUAAAUAUAUUAUAAUAUACACUGUAAAUAUUUAUUAGUAAAUUAUAAUAAAUGGAUUUUGGCAUGUGUGAUUAAUCUCAGCAUUAAUUAACUAGUAAUUUGUUUUAAAUGAAGUGACAUUAUUCCAAAAAAAAUGAAUUUUACUGUGCAUAUAGAUACAAACAGUUGAAAGUAAAUGGCAUUAUGAAAGUGCCAUUAAAAAACACAGAGUAAUAAUGAAUGAAUAUAUCCAUCCAGAAGACCUUCUAAAACUGUGAUCUGAGCUAACCUGUGAUUCACAAUGGAUAAUUUUUUGCUGCUGAAUGUCAUGGUUAAGAGGUUAGCACUCCUGCUUCAUAUUUGGGAGGUUCUGUUUUCAGAUCUGAGCCAGGAGACUGGCUGUCAUAAAUGAGGACUUUUUGUGGUUUUCUCAAUCUCUGCAGUCCAUCAUUUGCCUUGAUGGCCAGGGAAACAAUAGAAACUAAAUAAUUCUCUUGAAAUUCAGUCAUCCUGAAAUCUUCAAAUCUUAUAAACUUCAAUUUUAUUUUAAUUGUAAACUACAUUUAGCACAAAGCACUCCCUAUUCAGUGUGUUAAAUGAGGAGCUGCUGUGUACAUUGAACCUGUAACCUGACAAAUUGGAAUGUUGUCUAGAAGUGCCAGGGUGCUAGUGUAAAGAUCAGCGCAAAUUGAUAUGUCCCCCAUAAUAUAAAAUAGGGUAUUGUAACUGUGAACCUUCAUUCUUGGAUUUGCUACAAAUCUAUCCUUUAUUAAUCAAAUGUAUGGUCUAAAUUUAAGUAUUUUGCUAGAAUUUGUUUUUGUUUUGACUACCCGAAAUUAAGCUAGCAAUUUUGAUACAAUUUUACACUACAUGUACUUAAUUAAUAGCUUAUGUAACUUAAUUUAAAGACAGAGGACAUAUGUACAUACCAACAUGAUGUCAUCAAGUUUAAUAUCUGAGACCUCUUGAGGAAGCGCACAUUAAAUAUAUUAUACAUAAACCAAGGGGGUUAUAAAGUCCUCCAGUUUAUCAAUUUGUUGGCCAGGAAAUUAGUUGUUGACACUAUUUCAUUCGUUUUAUUAUCAUAACUUAUAUUUAACUUCAUAUGCAUUUUGUUGUUGGUAUCAGGUUUUGUGGAGUAAAACUGAAUAAUUAUAAUAUUUGAAAAUUUUCAGUUUUUGCAAGAAUUAGGUUUCAUUUAGAAACUACAGCCUAUAUUUAAUAUCAUUUUUAGUAUUGUAAAACUGUGUUUUAGCAAAUGUUUUACUUUGGUUUGUUGCAGAGAUACUUCAGACAAUCAGUUUACUUGGAGAUUUUUAAAUAGUAAUUAAUAUUCUCUGGUUUACUGGGCUUUUUCUUGUGUAAAAGUGGUAAACAUAUGAAUAAUAAAUGGAAACCUCAGUA